UUUUAGUCUGGCUUCCUCUGUAAAGUUGGGAGUGGAGCGUUCUACAGUCCUAUACUGGACCUUGACAUGCCUGUACUGACAAGCAGCGUGAAGCAAGUCAGUGAUUGAACUGACGGGAGGGACUGCUGAUCCACCGGUGCAGCAGAACCACUGGAAUUAAUCACGUCACUAUGGAGGGAAAAAAAACAAGUUAAUGCUUGCACGGGGGCCACCCUCAUUCGGCCUAUGAUGUUACUGAUGCGCCGUUGACUAUGAACACAAGGAGGGAGGAGUAGUGGGACCAAGGCUGCUGGUGUGUCUGGCUGAAGCCAAUUCCAAACUAUUGCUUGUCUGGUUGGCUGGAUUUAGUACGUAAAAAGAAAAGCAGUAAUGGGAUUGUCUCUGACAGGGUAAAAUUAGCUGGGAGAACCUGCAAAAACUGAGUGAUCUCUGGCUUCAUCGCAGGCAACACCACACACUGCAGAGACAUUUUCUUCAUAUUUAAAGUUACUUCAUGUUCAGAUGAUAGCACUUUAGUUAAAGAUCAGAGGCCUGAUCAGCUGAAAAAACUGGAUAUACACAAGGUAACCGCUGUAAAAUCCUGUCAAAAACAUCACGAAAGUCAUUUAAUAUGUCCACCGAGGACCAAGUUGACACCGCAAUGCCCCAUAGAGGUCGGCAGCAGGGCCUCUCUACUGAGAGUCACUACGGCAACUCAACGCUCCCCCUGUCACCUGACUCUCUCAGUAGUAUUUGCAACCUGAAUGACAGGGAAGCCAAUACUUCCCCUGACAUCAGCAUGCUGGAGUGUUGCCUCAGUGAAGGUGUGCCUGUGAUCAACCCAGACAAUGGCACCUUAUCACAGGGAAACAUGCUCCAUUGUACAAGCACAAAUCUAAACGAAACUUUUAUUGCCACACCUGUCAAUGGCAGCAUGAAUUUCUGGAAUGAAAAUUUGAGUCUGUUGGGCAACCAAGAGUCAGGAACAAAAAAGUACCACACUUUUAAUAAGAACAUUGAUAAGAACAUUGUGGGUGAAAGAAACCAUGGACUAAUGUCUCCAGACUCGACUGGGAGGGAUAGCCAGCUGAGCUCAUAUGAGACGUCUCGCAGAGGAUCCACUGAGAAUGACUGCUGCUCCCUCAGCUCUGGAGAAAUGGUGCUAAGAAGCAACAGUUUUUGCCUGGAAGAUCAAUCACUCUUGGUAAUUUCCUCCCUUGAAGAGUCAUCCAUCUCCCCAGCGGCAGGCCAUCCAUCUUCACCUGCUGACUCUCACAUACUAUUAACGCUACCAGACAUCUGUGAAAAAAUCACACAUAGCAUGGAUGAAAAUAGAGGCCAUCCCUGCCUUGGCAUGACUUUUACUCAAGCAGACAAAUGGGAGCUUCCCACUGAAGAUGAUUUAGCAACAUCCAAUUCUUCUGUAGCUUUGCAAAGUGAGAAAGAAGGUCUUUUGAUGACGUUUGUCUAUGAAAACUCUCCUUCAGAUGGUGGAAAUGAGGCUCAGAUUGCUUGUCCUGAAGAAGCACAUUUUUCUUAUUUGUCUGAAGCUGUUACACCAAAACAGGGCACAACUGUAGUGUCCACACAGCCUACUGUGCAAGAUACUGAUAGAGAUAUUCAUACUUCCACUCCAGUGCAAAAUAUUGGGAACAAAACUUCCAUUCCUCUGUCAUUAUCAGUCUCACCCUUUGCUGAAAGUGCUGGCAGUCCUCAACCCCACCUAGUAAAAAAGCAACAAGUCUCUGUCACCCCCAAACAAGUCACUGCAGGACUACCAAUGUCAGGUAGGAAAGUCAGUAAAAUGGAAAUGAAUACAUUUCCAAAGACAGACAACACCAUAAAAUCUAAAAUCAUAACAAGAGCUGCACCACUAGGCACUGCUUUACAACACAAGCCAUCACAAGUUAACGUGCACAGUAAACAGGUGACUGCACAUAAAGGUGGACCUAUUAGAAUGAGUCCUUCCAAGGUAAAAAAUAAUCCUGUCUCUGUCAGCAAUAUUACUCCAAGAAGACAACAUACAGGAGCUGCUUCCUUGAUAAAGUCAUCUGGACAUAAUGUUGAUGAACAGCGCCUGACUUGUUCUGCAGUUACUGCAGAAGAACAGGGCAAGAGCAGAGCUUCAGUGUCUGAACAGCACAGUAAUGCAAGUAAGUGUGUUUCAGCAGUCCAGGGCAGCGGUGGCAGCUCUGACACAGAGCAGGCAGCCUCAAGCCAAGUACAUGCCUCAGUGCAGCAUGCUGGCAACCACACCUUCAGUUUCUCAGAAAAAUCCCCUGAUAGAAGUGGCCAAAUGGAUCCUAAACCAACUCCAAAGAAGGAUAUAUCCAACAAAAUUGAGGUCAAAUCAGGCUCAGUUUUAGGUCAGUACAAGCCUCCUGUACUCGAGAUCCGACCUCGCUGCUUGUCAGAAAGCUCAUCAUCUUUGUCUAGGCCUCCCAAGGAGAAGAGAGCAACUCUGAAGUCCUCAACUAGCUUUAUCAUUUCCAAAGCUGACAACCACCCAGGUCAGACCAAACCAGGGGAUCAGAACAGCUCUUCCCAGUGUAAACGUGCCAUUCAAGCACAGAAUACAAAUGGGAUUAGUGAAAACUCCAAUAGAAAGGUUAAGAAGAUCGUCUUGGUAAGUUAAUACUGAAAUGAUAACUAUUACGUAUUGGCUAAAAGAUUUAUCAGGAUGUCAGAAAUGAGGGCUACUCAUGAAGAUGUGAGAAAACUAACAAAUU